GAAGUUGAAAUUUCAAGAUAUAAUAGAUAUGAAAGACAAAUUGCAAAUUUUUAUAAUAGAAAACAAGUUGUUUUACUAUCAAAUGAUAAUGUUCUAGCAAAAAAUAUUGAAAACCUUAAUCAAACAUUAAUAGAAACUAAUAAAGAUAAAAACACUUUAAUCAACUUACAAAAAUGUAGAUAUAAUACUUUAUUGUACAAUGUUAUUGAAAAUGAAAUGAAAGAAGAUAAUAAUAAACAAUUAUUUGAAGAUGAUAAAAAAUAUAAUCUAUUGAUCCAAACUUUAAAAAAACCUUUUCUGGAUUCACUACCUGCUGAAAUUUAUAAAGAUAAUGAAUAUGAUCAAUAUUUUAUUAAUAAAUCAAAUAAACAAUUUCAUUCAAUAUGUGAAAUUGAAAAUGUAGAUAAAUUUGUUAAUAACAUAAUCAAGAAAAAUUAUCUUUACAAAACAAUAAAAGAAAUAUUUGAUCAAGAAAAUGAUGUAAUAACUUUUAGUAAAAUAGUUGAACCAAAUGAUAAUGAAUGA